UGAAGCGUAGAAGAAGAGCACUUCCGUUUUCCUUUCGGCUCCCGCCCCGCUCCGCUCCGCCAUCAUGAAGUCCUGAACAAAAAACGGAUGAGACUCGAGCAAAAUGGGGAUAACACGAACUGGAGAUGAAAUCCGCGGACAGCACUAACGUAAUGACAGCACGAAGCGGAGCACGGAGCGGACCCGUGGAGAUUAAUGAACCAGUGUCCCGUUGAACGCGUCCCGGGCAGCUGCUGUCGGUGCGGUAUUGAGCUAGCGGUGCGGCUACCAGCGGCUGGAGCUAGCUAGCCUCUGGUUUUCUGCUGGCUAGUUUAGCUGGCAGGCGUCAGUCAGCUAGCUGUCACUGUAAUUGACUGACACUCUGCUCAUGUCGAGCCGUGCAGACCUGCUAGCUGUCCAAUCGACUGGGAGCAUCAGGAUGGAGAGGACUUUGAGUCAAAGCAUCGACAGACACAAUGUGGUUUGUUCGUGUUGAAUAGACACCAGUGCCGAGGAAAAGGGGAGUGAGACCAAUAUUUCCCAGCCGGGCCGGUUAGCUAGCUCUAGGGCUAGCUACAGUGGAUCCCAUAAGCCACGGCGCUGGCCAUGCCUUCGAGUGUGCGGGCCGGGAGCCUGAAGGACCCGGAGGUGGCUGAGCUCUUCUUCAGGGAGGACCCUGAGAAGCUCUUCACGGACCUGAGGGAGAUCGGCCAUGGGAGCUUCGGAGCAGUCUACUUUGCCCAUGACAUCCGCACAAAUGAGGUGGUGGCCAUCAAGAAGAUGUCCUAUGGUGGCAAACAGUCCAAUGAGAAAUGGCAGGAUAUCAUCAAGGAAGUGAAGUUCCUCCAGAAACUGCGCCACCCAAACACCGUUGAGUACCACGGCUGCUACCUGAGAGAGCACACAGCAUGGCUGGUGAUGGAGUACUGCCUGGGCUCAGCUUCUGACCUCUUAGAAGUCCACAAGAAACCCCUCCAGGAGGUGGAAAUAGCUGCCAUAACCCAUGGUGCAUUGCAGGGAUUGGUGUAUCUUCACUCUCACAACAUGAUUCACAGGGAUGUGAAGGCAGGAAACAUCUUGCUAACAGAGCCGGGUCAGGUCAAACUGGGAGACUUUGGCUCUGCCUCCAUCGUUGCCCCGGCCAACUCCUUCGUAGGAACACCUUACUGGAUGGCCCCUGAGGUGAUUCUGGCCAUGGACGAGGGUCAGUACGAUGGGAAGGUGGAUGUGUGGUCACUUGGCAUCACCUGUAUAGAGCUGGCGGAAAGGAAGCCUCCUCUGUUCAACAUGAAUGCUAUGAGUGCCUUAUACCACAUCGCCCAGAAUGAGAGCCCUGUGCUGCAGUCUAAUCACUGGUCGGAUUAUUUUCGAAAUUUUGUGGACUCCUGUUUGCAGAAGAUCUCCCAGGACAGACCUACCUCUGAUGUGCUGCUGAAGCACCAUUUCCUAUGCAGAGAGCGUCCCGUGACAGCUGUAAUGGACCUGAUCGCCCGCACCAAGGAUGCUGUCCGCGAGCUGGACAACCUUCAGUACCGGAAGAUGAAGAAAAUCCUCUUCCACGAGGCCCUCAACGGCCCCGCACCAGAGGGAGGCGAUGAGGAAGAGGAUGUGGAGCAGUACAUGCUGCGCACCGGCACAGUCAACAGCAUGGAGAGCUCCCACUCUCUGCCCUCCAUGUCAAUCAGUGCCAGCUCCCAAAGCAGCUCGGUCAACAGCCUGGCAGACGGCUCUGACGACAGCGGGGAGAUGGCCAUGAUGCAGGAGGGAGAGCACACCGUCACCUCCAACAGCUCCGUCCUGCACAAACCCCUGAGCCAUGACAACAUCUACGAUGAUCCGUAUCAGCCCGAGGUUGACCCACAGCGAGAAGCUUUAUCUGCCGCUGUUGGUGGUGGUGGUGGCGGGGGGCGUCGUCGGGGCAGAGACCAUUUUGCCACCAUCAGGACAGCCUCGCUGGUCACCCGUCAGAUCCAGGAACAUGAACAAGGCUCCGCCCUCAGAGAGCAGAUGUCGGGAUACAAGCGAAUGCGGCGGCAGCACCAGAAGCAGCUGAUGGGCUUGGAGAACAAGCUGAAGGCAGAGAUGGAUGAGCACCAGCUGAGGCUGGACAAAGAGCUGGAGAAUCAGAGGAACAGCUUCUCAAUGGAGGGAGAAAAGCUCUCUAAGAAGCACUUGGCCAUCCUGGACAAGGAGACAAAGGCGGUCCUGACUGAGGAGAAGAAGUUCCAGCAGCACAUACUGGGCCAGCAGAAGAAGGAGUUAACGGGUCUGCUGGAGUCCCAGAAACGCCAAUAUCGACAACGCAAAGAGCAGCUCAAAGAGGAACUGAAUGAGAACCAGUCAACACCAAAGCGAGAGAAACAAGAGUGGUUGGUGCAUCAGAAGGAGUGUCUGCAGCAGCUGCAGGCGGAGGAAGAGGCGGGCCUGCUGCGGCGGCAGAGGCAGUAUUAUGAGCUGCAAUGUCGCCAGUACAAGAGGAAGAUGCUUCUGGCACGCCACAACCUGGAGCAGGACCUGCUCCGAGAGGACCUGAACAAGAAGCAGACUCUGAAGGACUUGGAGUGCGCGAUGCUCCUCCGUCACCACGAGUCCACCCAGGAGCUGGAGUUCCGCCAGCUGGGCUUGGUGCAGCGUACGCGGGCCGACCUCAUCCGCACGCAGCACCAGACGGAGCUCACCAACCAGAUGGAGUACAACAAGAGGCGCGAGCAGGAGCUGCGUCAGAAACACGCCGUGGAGGUCCGCCAGCAGCCCAAGAGCCUCAAAUCCAAAGAGCUGCAGAUUAAGCGCCAGUUCCAGGACACCUGUAAGAUCCAAACCCGGCAGUACAAGGCCCUGCGCAACCACCUGCUGGAGAACACGCCCAAGUCGGACCACAAGGCCGUGCUGAAGCGCCUGAAGGAUGAGCAGACUCGUAAGCUGGCCAUCCUGGCAGAGCAGUAUGACCACUCCAUCAAUGACAUGCUGUCUACACAGGCUCUGAGAUUGGAUGAGACCCAGGAAGCGGAGUACAAAGUGCUGCGUAUGCAGCUGCAGCAGGAGCUGGAGCUGCUUAACGCCUACCAGAGCAAGAUCAAGAUCCACACCGACACGCAGCACGACAGGGAGGUCAAGGACCUGGAACAGAGGGUGUCCAUCCGCCGCGCCCUGCUGGAGCAGAGGAUCGAGGAAGAGAUGCUGUCCCUGCAGAACGAGCGCUCAGAACGCAUCCGGACCCUCCUGGAGCGGCAGGCCAGCGAGAUCGAGUCCUUCGACUCGGAGAGCCUGCGUCUGGGCUUCAGCAACAUGGCGCUGACGGGCAUCCCCAGCGAGGCCUACCCCAUGCAGGGCUACUCCAACGUCCCCCCCAGCUCCCGCUCCGCCGGCCACUGGAGCCACGGCAUGCAGCCGCCGCCGCCGCCGCCGCCGCAGCAGCAGCAGCAGCACUCCCGCCGCAGCCACAACAGCAGCAGCAGCGGCAUCAGCAGCGGCGGCCGGCGCGGGGACCGCCGCAGCGAGUCCUCCUCCUCCUCCUCCUCCUCCCACGCCUUGGGGUUGGCCCUGGGGCUGGGCCGAGACCGAGACGGGCGGGGAGAGGUGCACCACUCGUCUCGCUCCUCCGCCUCCUCCUCCUCGUCCUCCUCCUCCUCCUCCUCCCACCACCAGCGGCACCACCUGCCCCAGCACUACCACCACCAGAGCACGCCGCAGCUCUACCGCGAGCGGGAGCGCGACCGGGAGCGGGAGCGGGAGAAGGAGCGGGAGCGGGAGUGGGUGGGAGCGCGAGGCGGCUCCGGCGGCGACCUGGCCCACCCGCACCCCCUGCCCUUCUCCCAUCACCUGCCCUCGCGCUCCUCCUCCCAGUCCCUGGCCAUGCUACCUCCGCCUCCUCCAGCCCCUCCCUCCAUCUCCGGGCCCUCCUCCUCUUCCUCCUCCUCCUCCUCCUCAGGGGGCAUCUACUCCGGAGCCGGGCUGGGUGUGCGCGGGGCCCCCAGCUUGAUGGCCCUGAGGAACAGCCCCCAGCCCCUGAGGAGGACGGCGUCCGGCGGAGGGCCCGGAGGAGCCGGGGGCAGCGACGGCGUCCUGAGCAGAAGCACCUCGGUCACCUCCCACAUCUCUAACGGCUCCCACCUCUCCUACUCCUAG